AUGAACGAUCGCUACGAAAUCAUUCGUAAACUUGGAAACGGGUCGUCCAACCGAUUCGUUGUCCUAAAGAUUGGUGUCUCUAAAAACGGCAACCACGCAUAUCUUGCCAUUCAACGAGAUCUGGCGAGCAAAGCAGCCGAAGAUUCCGAUUCACGCUAUGUGGUGGCUCUUUUGGACUCCUUCAUCCAAGAGGGCCCAAACGGGCAUCAUCCAUGUUCGGUUCUCGAGCCCAUGGGCCCCAGCGUAUCCUCCAUUCUCAAUGCUCCGCGGAAGAUACUCGACUUGCGCAACAUGCAGCCCCGGCGAUUUUCAACACAGAAGACAAAGGCGAUUCUGCGAGACGUUCUUUGCGGUCUUCGCUUCCUUCACUCGAACGACAUUGUGCACGGCGACCUUCAGUCAGGCAACGUGCUAUUCUCCGUGAGGGACUUGAAUUUGAUUAGUGUCGAUGACCUCCGACAGGACAUCAACAGUUCCCGAAUUGAGUAUUUGAAACGGAAAGAUGGCAAGAUUGACAAGUGGGCUCCCAAGUAUUUGAUCGUCGCGAUGCCCCUGAACGACUACGUUCGUCCAGACGAGGAGCAACACGUGAAGAUCAUUGAUCUGGAAAGCGCCUUUCUUGAGAGUGAGCCUCCCCCGCGAAUUGUUACGCCAGUCGCCCUGAGGGCGCCAGAAACCAUCCUCGGCGGUCCUGUUAGCCGUAGUAUUGACAUUUGGAGCUUGGGCUGUCUCCUGUUCGAGCUCUUGACCGGCAUGCCACUCUUUCAAUUGGCUGUCGUGGGCAAUGCGGACGAAGCUCUGGACGAUGAUUACAUGAUCCAACUCGCGGAGGUCCUCUCGCCACUGCCUGAGAGCAUAACGAGUAAGUGGCCCAGAGCGGGCCAAUACUUCGGGCCCAACGGUGAACGUCUGGAUGCCGCGGUUGGAAAGUCCAAAGAAGAUUCCCUCCACUCUGAUGACGACUUGGAUGAAGAGGAGGAGGAGGAGGACGAUUUCGAUGACGACGAGGUGGAGUUCCCCACGGGAGGGUUUGGCCCUCCUCUGCCCUGCGAUCCGCUGGAGAAGCUUUUUGGGGACAACAAACCUCAAGACGUUAACGGAGACGAAGAGAAGACGAUUCUGUCUUUGCUGCGAUGGAUGUUGCAGUAUGAAGUUUCCGAGAGGCCUACAGUUGAUCAGGUGCUAGACCAUGCGUGGUUCGAGACGUGA